AUGGAGGCCAGAGUCAAGGCCGAACUGGACAUGCAGUUCCUGGUCGCCCGUCUGUUUGAACGCCUACGAACCGAGGCCCCUGCCUAUGAUUGGGACGAGGCCAUCGCUCCUUACCACUCUGUAUGCCAUUGCACCGUGUCUGUUGAUGACAUAUCCAGCUUGCUGACGCCGGAGUCUAGNUCCUACGACAACUGGCACGUCCAUGGAUAUCGUCGUGCUUCACAACCCGUUGAUCACAAAUCGAGCAAACCUUCGAGUAGAACCGCCAGCAAGGACCGACGAAAGGAUCGCGAAUCAGAAAAGAAUAGAGACAAGGAGAGCGAACGAAGUGUUUCCGAUGCGCAACAGGGCUAUGAGGUCGUCGCUCGCAUCUCUCGCCACACAACUCGUCUCGAGCGCGAGUUUGCCCUCGCAAAGAAGAUCAAAGCAGAAGAGGAUCCGGACUGUCGCCAUUUCAUAGACCCUCUUGAGUUUCGCCGCCUGCCCGCACGCCAACCUGGAGAAGUCACUCUCGUUGCUUUCAUCGCCCGGGCCCCUGAUAGCGGCGGGGACUACAUGAAAGAGCUGGUCGAGUUUGGUCCAAGCGUACGUCGCGCGCAACUGCCUACCUCGCCUAUCAGCCCACAUGGAGACCCCGAAACCGACCACUCACCUAUGCCCGAACUUCUACCUAUUGGUCUCUUCCUCGAUUUCGCUAUUGGCGCAACUGAAUGUUGCGAGAUCCUUCACCAUAGCAGAGAGCUGGUCCACGGAGAACUUCGCGGUGAUGCCUUCCAUUUUAGCAAGGAGAACCGGACUGUACGCUUGAUCAAUUUUGGUUCUGGUGCUCGAUCGUUCGAGAACGGCCUUACGUCUGCUGGCUGGAGCUCACUAACCUCUGAGGCCGGCGUCGAAAAUCGUCUCCAGUUUAUUGCUCCGGAACAGACUGGUCGCAUGCCUGCCGAACCGGAUACUAGGACUGAUAUAUAUUCGCUUGGCAUCCUGUUCUGGACCAUGCUAACUGGAGUACCCGCCUAUCAUGGGAGCAACCCUCUCGAGAUUAUGCAGAGUCUACUAUCACGCCGCAUUCCUGCAGUUGAUAGCAUACGCACUGAUGUGCCUCAAAUCAUCUCGAAUGUCAUACAGAGGAUGACACAGAAGAAAAUGGGUGAUCGCUACCAAUCCUCAUCUGGUUUGAAGCAUGACCUGCUCGAGGUGAAGAGACUACUCUCUAAUGGUGAUGUUGACGCACUCCAAUCCUUCAAGCUUGGUUCCAAGGAUGUCUCUUGCUUCUUUAACUUGCCCAACUCGCAGAUCGGACGCGAGGAGCAACGGAAACUGAUCCUUGACGUUAUAGAGAAGUCUGCUUGGCGUGCUUCUCAGGCCAUCUCCACCUCCAAGAACAGCUUGCAUAGCUUGAGUUCGCACUCCUCGGCCUCGAUCUCAACGCCUACUCAAGCCGAUCGACACGAAAGCGGCCUCUUAGACGACAUAAUUUCUCAGAGUACUGGCUCUGGUGUUGAUCAGGAGCCUAAACUCGUCGUCUCAUCGGAUAGAACCGACCUCUCGAAGCUGCAGCAUGAACACAGCUCGCAAGAGAACAACUUGGCUUACAACGGUGCCGAGCUUGAGCCCAAGCCGUCACUAGAGAGCAGACCCUCUGUGUAUAACGUCGAGAGUAGUCAAAGAUCUACCGUAUCUAAUUCAUAUACGGGUCAAUCUGAAGGCUCUGCCCUUCGCGCCGCGCAACGCCUCAAGCAGAUUGGCCACACUGAAGUUUUGUGCCUCAGUGGUGCUGCAGGCCUUGGAAAGAGCUCUUUGUUGCACGACGUCCAGAACAUGUCGAGGAAAUACGGCUAUUACGCAUCGGCCAAGUUCGACCAAGUCAAACGAGCACCCUUCGAACCAGUUGUGCGUGUUGUGUCCUCUCUCUUCCGCCAAAUCUUCUCUGAAGGCGAUGUAUCAACACCAUUUCACGACAACAUUCGUACAUAUAUAAAGCCUUAUUGGGGCUUCCUCUCCGGCUUCCUCGAUCUUCCGCCUUGGCUACUGUCACAAUUUCCUACUCACCAAGCUUCUUUGAGCUCGGACGCAGCCUCUUUACGGUUGCCUCGUGAGAAGUGCGGCAGCAGCGGCGACACUGCAUCAGAUUGGCUACGUGCUGGAGGCAGUAACUCGAGCAAGUCAAACCGCUUUGUUCGCACUUUCCUUGACGUUCUGCGACUACUAGCGUUGCAGAAGUUUAUUUGCAUAACACUUGACGAUCUGCAAUUUGCAGAUGAAGAGAGUAUUGAACUCUUAACCAACAUUGUCCAAGUCAAGAUACCUCUGGUGCUUGUUCUUACUUACCGGGAUGAAGAAGCUCUUCCCAUCAAACUUCGACCACUGCUUGAGAAAGCCACGAAGAUUGAUCUCAAGCCUUUCAGUGAGGAAGAGACGGCAAAAUACGUGUCUAUAACCUUGCAUCGCUCUCCCGAGUACGUUCUACCUCUAGCUGCUGUCAUUCAGCAAGCGACUUUAGGCAAUCCAUUUUUCGUCCGAGAGAUGCUUGAUUCUUGCUAUCGAAAGCACUGCAUAUACUACUCAUGGCGUUCUUCACAGUGGGAGUUUGACCUUGACAAAACUUUUGACGAAUUUGCUUCGCCAGAGGCCAAUCAAUUCUCGACGAACAACUACCUUGUAAAACGACUGAAAGAUCUCUCGGACGACUGCAAGUCUGUGCUUUGCUGGGCUAGCUUCAUUGGUAACACCUUUUCUUUCACUCUCGUGAAGCGAGUCAUGAGUUGCGAUUGUUCUAAGCAGUCGAAGGACGAAUAUCUACCACAGAAGAAGGAUCCAGUGACCGGUUUGCAGGACGCUAUCAGUUCUUACAUCAUUGUUGCCACUGAGGAUGAGGACAAAUUCAGAUUCUCGCACGAUCGAUAUAUGCAGGCCGCAGAACUUCUUGCCAAUGACUGUCGCAAGGAAGAGAUGCACUACAUCAUCUCGGCAUCUUUGAUGUACCAUGACCCUUAUGACAGUGCUACCAAACCCACUCAACUUCUAUUCGACCAAGCCAGGCAUAUCUGCAACGCAGUAGAGGCCAUUCAAGCUCGGCCCAGCAUUGUUAAAGGCCCGUUUAGAGAUCUGCUUUACCAAGCAGCGGAGACUUCUCGAGAACAGGGAGCCAGAUCAAUAUCGCUCUACUUCUUCCAGCACUGUUUGAUGCUACUUCCCGAUGAUCCUUGGAAAGAAGAUUCUUCAGAAGGUUCUUACCAAGAGACGUUGACUCUCAUGACCAAGGCAGCGGCGUCUUACUGGUAUCUUGGAUUCUUUGAAGAGGCCGAGAUCAUACUCAAGGAGAUCAUGACUAAUGCCAAAGCUGCUGCUGACAAGACACCAGCAUUCAUAAUCCAGAGCCGAAUGCAUGCACAAAAAGGUGAUUCGCAUAUUGCCUUCCUCAACAUGAAGCGAGCACUGGCAGAUUUAGGUAUUGAAAUCCUCGACACGACAUACGAAGAAUGUGAUAAGGAGUUCUACGAAAUUGUGAACCUCAUUAACGUCUCUGACCGACAACUUUUUGAAGGGAGGAAUGCGCCGAUCGACCGAGAUCUCUUCACAACCGCAGCUGUCAUGAUUGAGCUUCUCAGCGCUGGAUUCUGGACUGACUCGUUAUUGUUCUACUAUCUGACUCUGAAGAUGAUGCGAUUGUUCCUUGAGAGGGGACUCUUCCCACAGAUCGCCGUGGGCUUUGUCCAUCUAGCAUCCAUUGCUAUUGGUCGGUUUGAGAUGAUAGAGAAGGGCGUCGAGCUUGGAAACACAGCUUUGAAGCUCUUCGACCUCUUCGACACAGAUUCCUACACGAUCGGCCGUGGUGUCACACUACACAGUCUCUUCCUUGGACACUUCGUUUCAGACAUCUCAGAUCAGAUACCUGUUUUGGAACGUGGUAUGGAGGCGACUGUUCUUGCUGGCGAUAAGUUGGUCCAUCUCCUGAAUGUUGGCGUCAUGUGUGCAUACAAGCUGUGGACCUCUCAUAACUUUGAAGAGGUCAGUGCUUACAUCCAGUACCAAUACGACAACUUCCCGGAUUGGCCUACGGAUCUGCGUGGGGGCGUGUUCCUUGUCUCGGUACGCCAGUUCAUCCAAGCGCUACAGGGCAGGACCAACUGGCGUCAAGCCGCGCAUAUCUUCGACGACGAUUUCCAUCAAACGCAACAAUAUGUGGAUUACAUCAAAUCUCAUUCCACUUCUGCCGUUCGACCGCUCUUUUUCUACAACAGCUACAGGGUCGCAAUCCUGUAUAGAUUUGGAUACUGGCGAGAGGCUGUAGAACUCGGCAACUCGGUGCUGGAAUCUAUCGCGGAUGUCUGGUGCAUACGACACGCCUACUAUUGCUACUUCUACGUCUCAAUGGCGUUGGUUGCAAAGCUGCGUGAAGAGCCAAAGUGUGCGGAUCGCGAAAGCGUCCUCAAAACUAUCUACAAGUUCAAGACCAAGAUUGAGACAGCGAGUCGUGUCAACGAGGCAAACUUUUCUGUCUGGUUGCACCUUCUUCGCGCAGAGAUUGCUGACAUUGAGGUACGAUCGGACGUAGCUACCCUGUCGUAUGAGGCCGCGAUCGACCACACAGUAGUCCAUGGUCUUCUUUCUGACGAGGCUUUAUGUUACGAGCUUUAUGGCGAUUUUCUGGUCCGAAAAGGAGCCACUCGUCCUGCACGUGCGAUGGUUCGAGAUGCUAUCGCUGCAUACCGUCGUAUCGACGCCACAGCAAAGGCGGAUCAUGUAGGCGAGAGACACGAAUUCUUGCUAAUUGGCUCGAGAACGUUUGGAAAUGCAGAUGCAACAACACAGACUGUCGAAAACGACAACAUAUCGUUCUCGAUGGUACAGAACGAAGCCCCUCAAGCUUCUGGCGACAGGACAAAUGAGUGGUUGACCCCAAGCGCAAGAACAAUCCCUCAUCAGCACGAAACACAGCACGACUUGCAAGGUGGGUUCUCUGCUGUCGGUCUUGAUAUGAUUGACCUCGCCAGUAUUCUGGAAUCAUCACAGUUACUAUCCUCGGAGCUCAGGGUCGACAAAUUGCUUGCAAAGUUGACCAACAUCAUCGUUGACAGUACUGGAGCCGCUCUGUGCGGUCUUGUUGUCAAUGAUGACGAGGUCGGCUGGAAUGUCGCUGCUGUGGGAGGACCGGACAUCUCUUACCAGGGUAAUGUCGGCCAGCCAAUCAGCGACAUCGAUGACCCACUGUCAAAGCAAAUCACGUUCUACGUUCUGCGAUUCAAGGAGGAGCUUUUCCUACGCAACGUACUCGACGACGAGCGAUUUGCAAACAUGCCCGCAUCUUGGAGACAAAAGCAUCCUGAAGGCAAGGCCGUGAUUGCCUUGCCUAUAUUGCAUGGGGACGACACUUUACUCGGUUCAAUAUACAUUGAGGGACCUCCAAACUCGCUAUCUCAGCGAAACAUCACUGUUCUCCGCCUGCUUGUCAACCAGAUCUCCAUCUCGAUCGCCAAUGCACUACUUUUCAAGAAGGUUCAGAAGGUCUCGGCGAGCAACUCUUCCAUGCUUGAAGUCCAGAAGCAGGCUCUUGAGCAGGCACGCGAAGCUGAGCGCAAGGCCAAGGUUGCGGAAGCUAAAGCUAUGGAGAUGGUCAAGCUCAAGGAGGAGGCCGCCAAAGCAAAGAGUAUGUUCUUGGCUAAUGUCUCCCACGAGCUGCGCACUCCUCUAAACGGAGUCAUUGGCAUGUCCGAGUUGCUCAAGGGAAGCAAUCUCAACACCGAGCAAGAGGGCUAUGCCGAUAGCAUUCGUGUUUGUGCGGAUACCUUGCUUUCAGUCAUCAACGACAUUCUGGACUUCAGCAAACUGGAAGCUGAUAAGAUGGCUGUUUAUUCUGUGCAGCUGUCCCUCACCCAGACCAUCUCUGAAGUCGUCAGAGCUCUUUCCUAUACCAAUCUUGAGAGAGGACUGCAGACUGUCGAGAAACUUGAGAUGCCCUCGAGUCUGCUUGUCAUGAGUGAUCCUGUCCGUUUGCAUCAGAUCUUGAUGAACUUACUCAGCAACGCGUACAAGUUCACGGCAAAGGGAACAGUCACUAUCAGGGCGUUCAUCGAGCACGAGACUGAGGAUGCCGUCCAGGUGACAUGCAGUGUGACAGAUACCGGUAUCGGCAUCACAGAAGAACAAAGGAAGAAGCUCUUCCAGCCAUUCAGUCAAGCAGACAGCAGCACAGCACGUAGCUAUGGCGGUACUGGACUUGGUCUCUCCAUCUGCAAGGCCAUUAUCGAAAAGGUCUUGCACGGAAGAAUCUGGCUCGAGAGUGAGAUUGGCGUCGGAACAACGGUUUCCUUCUCCCUCCCUUUCCAGAAAAUCAGACCUGGUGCCGAAAAUGGAGUCGCUGGACCACUAGCCGAUCCAAUGGCAGCCAUGUACAAGCCCAGUGAAGACGAGAUGAAGAAAUCGUCAUACAUCAGUCUCGCCCACAUUCCUCGCGACAAGCUCAGAAUCUGCAUCGCCGAGGACAACCCCAUCAACCAGAAAAUCGCCAUCAACUUUGUCAAGAAGCUCGGGUUCAAGUGCGAGGCAUACGGCGAUGGCCAACAAGCAGUCGAUGCUCUUGCCGCAGCAAGCAAAGCAGGCACGCCAUUCCACCUCGUCCUCAUGGAUGUGCAGAUGCCUGUGCUCGAUGGCUACAAUGCCACACGAGCAAUCAGAGCACACCCCGACCCCAUCGUGCGCGAAGUUCUGGUCAUCGCCAUGACGGCAUCGGCCAUCCGCGGCGACAAGGAAAAAUGUCUCGAAGCUGGCAUGAACAACUAUCUCGCCAAGCCCGUCAGAGCACAUGUCCUCAAGCAAAUGCUGGAGGGUUAUCUCAAUCAAGUACCCAAGACGAUGACCAAUCUGCAGCAGCAGGCCAAUCAACUGAGUCAAGAUGUGCUCAGCGAGGCAUCAACGUAUACGCCUGCUCCUGUGGAUGGUCAGGUUGCUCGGAAACAGCAGGUUGAUGGAGGACAAAAUGAUGGGCUGCAGGUUGACGAUCAACAGACUGAUGGUCAAGUGACGCCAACUCCUGCCACUGUCAAUGCCGCGGCUGCUUCUUUGCCGACGAGGGAGAAGUGA